CGCUCCGGCCGCCACCUCCGCCGCCGCCCCGCGCGCAGCUCCCUCGGCCGCUGCAACUUUCCCCCUCAGACGAGUGUGUGAUGUUGGACAUGGGAGAUAGGAAGGAAGUGAAAAUGCUGCCGAAAUCCUCCUUUAGCAUAAACAGCCUGGUGCCCGAAGCCGUCCAGAGCGACAACAACCACAGCAGCCACAGCCACCACAACAGCCACCACCCCCAUCACCACCACCACCACCAUCACCACCAUCACCACCCGCCGCCGCAGCAGCCCCAGCGAGCGGCCGCAGCAGAGGAGGAGGACGAGGAGAAGGGGCAGCACCUCUUGCCACCCCCCGCCGCCACCGCCUCCGGCGCCCUGGAGGUGGCCAAGGCGGACAUGCUGGCGGGCAAAGGCGAGGCGGGUGCGGCGGUAGCGGCGGAGCUGGAGGAGAAGGAGAAGGCGGCGGAGGAGAAGAAGGGGGCAGCGGAGGGGACCAAGGACGGGGAGAGCGGGAAGGAGGGGGAGAAGAAGAACGGCAAGUACGAGAAGCCGCCGUUCAGCUACAACGCGCUUAUCAUGAUGGCCAUCCGGCAGAGCCCCGAGAAGCGCCUCACACUCAAUGGCAUCUACGAGUUCAUCAUGAAGAACUUCCCCUACUACCGGGAGAACAAACAGGGCUGGCAGAACUCCAUUCGCCACAACCUCUCCCUCAAUAAGUGCUUCGUCAAGGUUCCCCGCCACUACGACGACCCGGGCAAAGGGAACUACUGGAUGCUGGACCCCUCCAGCGACGAUGUCUUCAUUGGGGGUACCACCGGCAAGCUUCGCCGUCGCUCCACCACCUCUCGGGCCAAGCUGGCCUUCAAGCGGGGCGCCCGGCUCACGUCCACCGGACUGACAUUCAUGGAUAGGGCAGGAUCCUUGUACUGGCCUAUGUCCCCCUUCCUCUCCUUACACCACCCCCGGGCCAGCAGCACUUUGAGUUACAAUGGGACCACGUCUGCCUACCCCAGCCACCCCAUGCCCUACAGCUCAGUGUUGACUCAAAACUCCUUGGGAAACAACCACUCCUUUUCCACGUCUAAUGGGUUAAGUGUUGAUAGACUAGUCAAUGGAGAGAUACCUUAUGCCACUCAUCACCUCACAGCAGCAGCUCUGGCCGCCUCAGUGCCGUGUGGCUUGUCAGUUCCCUGCUCUGGCACCUAUUCCCUAAACCCCUGCUCUGUAAAUCUCCUAGCAGGACAGACGAGUUACUUUUUCCCCCAUGUUCCUCACCCUUCAAUGACUUCUCAAAGCAGCACUUCAAUGACGGCCAGGGCAGCCUCCUCCUCCACGUCGCCACAGGCGCCCUCCACUCUCCCCUGUGAGUCCUUAAGACCUUCUUUGCCAAGUUUUACAACGGGACUUUCCGGAGGACUUUCUGAUUAUUUCACACAUCAAAAUCAGGGGUCUUCUUCAAACCCUUUAAUACAUUAACAUCCAUGGGAUCAGACUGUAAGUGAACAUUUUACACACAUUUGCAUUGUAAAUGAUAAUUAAAAGGAAAAAAAAAAGCAAAACAAAAAAGUCCAGGUAUUUUUUAUUAAGUCCCCCAUUUUUCUGUACGUUUGUUCAGUCUUUAGGGUUGUUUAUUAUUCCACCAAGGUGAGGAGUGUCAGCAAGGUGCAAUGUGGGGAGAUUGCAUUGUAGUCUAUGAAGUUUGGAAGACAAAAUUAUAGUAGAAUGUGUAUCUAAAUAGUGACUGCUUUUGCAAUUUUUUUAUUCAAAUAUGAUAAGUCUAUCACUAAAAACCGCCCGAUUCUCCAUGUUUGCAGUAUUAUAAGUUAUCAUGGAUAUGUCGGUGGGUGCAGACCUUGAAAGAAAGAAAAGAAACCAAAACCAAACUAAAUUUAUGAAAACUAUAAAAAACCCUUAAAAUGUAAUUUGUAUUUAAGCAGAAUUAAUACUGAAUGAUGCCCAAGAACUACUUUUGGCCAUUUAUUAUUUUAUUAUUUUCUUUACCGAACUGCUUUUUUGGGGUUUCAUUCCCUUUUUUUUUUUUUUUUUUGUUUGUUUACUUUUAGACCAAAGAUUGGGUUUUAGAAAAUGCACUCAGUGU